GUGUGAGUGUGAAGCUGCAGGAUGACCAGCUGCUCCCCUUCAGCAUGGAUUCCUGUGUGUGUUUGAAAGUGUGUGAGUGUGUGUGAGUGUGUGUGGUGAGCUUUGAAGCGUGUGUGUGUGAUGUGUGUGAGUGUGUGUGUGACUCAGUGAAGGAUGCGGUGUGUCCUGGCGUUUCAGGUGCUGCUGUGCUGCUUGAGUCUCGCGCAGCCGUUUUGCCCCUCGCAGUGCACCUGUGUGUUCCACGGGACCAGGACGGUGCUGUGUAACGAUCCCGACACGGCGGAGAUCCCCGUCAACGUACCUUUGGACACGGUGAAGCUGCGUGUGGAGAAAACGGCGGUGCGUCGAGUAAAAACCGAGGCGUUUUACUACCUCACCGAGCUCAGGUAUCUGUGGCUCACCUACAACUCCAUCAGCUCCGUGGAUCCUGCCAGCUUCUACAACCUGAAGGUCCUGCACGAGCUCCGUCUGGAUGGAAAUCAAAUCUCCACGUUCCCCUGGGAGGCGCUCAGAGAGAUGCCCAAUCUCAGGACGUUGGAUCUGCACAAUAAUCGAUUAACAAGUGUUCCUGCAGAAGCUGCAGCUUACCUGGUUAACAUCACAUACCUGGACAUUUCCAGCAAUAAGCUAAACACCUUGCCCUCAGACCUUUUGGACAUCUGGAGUCCCUUUUCUGGAAUGAUUUCCACCAGAGGUUCCUCUCAGAAGAUCAUACUGGGCCUCCAGGACAACAUGUGGUACUGCGAUUGCCGCAUAUCAAAACUUAUCGAGAUGUCCAAAAUGGCCGAGGGUCCAGUGGUGCUGAUGGACCCGCUGGUGACCUGCAGUGGGCCGGAGAACCUGGCUGGGGUUCUGUUCAAACGAGCAGAACUGGAUCAGUGCGUUAAACCAACGGUGAUGACUUCAGCCACGAAGAUCACGUCUUCCCUCGGCAGUAACGUGCUCCUGCGCUGUGACGCUGCGGGUUAUCCAACGCCGACGCUGCUGUGGAGCAGAGAGGACGGAUCAGCGCUCAGUAACCCAGUUGUGCAGGAGUCCCCAGGCGAAGGUGUUCGAUGGUCCAUCCUUAGUCUGCAGGGAAUUGUGUUGAAGGACACCGGCGUUUACCGCUGCAAGGCAAAGAACGUUGCUGGAAGUGCAGAAGCCGCCAUCACGCUAUCUUUGGCUGGGAUGGACCUCACGACUCCAUCUCCUCCCUUCAACAGGACUUCUCCUGCUGUUACAGAGGCUGUGAUUUCCUUUUCUACCAACAUCACCACCACCACCUCCACAUCCAAACCAUCUCUGACAACACUGCAAUCUAUAGCUAGCAAGCUGAACUUAGGCCCAGGUGGAGGCAUCCAGAGAUCUCCACCUGAGGGAAAUACAUCUAAGAUGGAGCAGAGCAAAAAUGGCACCAAGGAUAAAGCUAGGAAGAAAGGCAGCUGGUACAUCAGAGAUGUUGAGGUGGUUGAGGAAACAGGAGACAGUGCAGUUGUGUUAUGGAUGAGUGAGGGGUUUCCCAGUGAAUUGCCCCUGUCAGUGGUGUACUUUCCAUACGAUGCAGAGGAGAUAAAGGAGACUGUGGACACUGAGGUUGGAAAUGGUAAGCUUCUUCUUGAGAACCUGUUUCCCAACCAGAUGUACACAGUCUGCUUGGUUCCCAAAAGUGGGAAAGAGCAGUGUGUGAAUUUUAGCACUCUGGACACGAUUAUGGAUGUUGGACAACUCAGGUGGCUGUUGAUCUUCAGUGGAAUUGCAUGUGUUUUGGCGCUUCCUCUUAUUGUUCUUCUUCUCUACAAGAUCUCAUUGCUGUACUGCAAGAGGAGCAGCAGCAGGAACACUGAAAUGGAUGACGACCUUUCCAAAGAGACUUACGUGAAAUUUGAGACUCUCGCGAUGCAGCAGAGGACGCUGAAUGGACAGGCGAGCGAUCUCUGGACCAGACGGCUGACACAGGAAUCAGAGAGGAUGCUCCUCUGCUCACGCUCAAGUAUAGACUCACAAAUUACCUACAAAAGUGAUAACUCACGAUCCGAGUACCUUUGCUAGGCCACCUGCCUUGUGAGCCAAUAGCAAUGCAAGUGGGCGGGACGGUGGUCUCUUUUGUCCUUGCCAUUUUCUUAUUGUUGCUUGGUGUACAUGGUUUAGCACUAGCGUUUUUGUGGUAAAAUUGUGGGGAGUUUUUUUUUUCCUGCCUGAUAGAAAUAUUGUCACGUCUGUGUACGUGUAGUCGCAACACAACCAAAAAAAUUCUCUACACGUCUCUACACGGAAAAUCGACAGAGUCGAAUCUCCACAACUUUUGGAUUGACAGGUCAGCCACAUUCUGACAUUUUUAUCUACCUCGCUGACAGCAAGCAUCCUCUGAUUGUUAGCCAGCUGGUUAUAUGCAGUGAUAUACUGUCAGAAGAUUUAGUCCCUCUUAAGAGUUCCUCAGGUGUCCAUAUGGAGGAACUUUUAGAUCUCUAUAGCAGAAAAUUUCUCGAUUAGCGAUUAUUCCAAGUAAAACCACUUUAGAAAUCAAGUGUACUGAUCCAGAGAGCCUUUAAAGAACUUUUUUUUUCUAAGAGUGUAGCUUUCUGCUUGAAAAUGUUUCCAGAAAGAAAAAUCCCAAGUACAACCUUUUAAGGAGGCUACAACCCCUUAAAGAACCCUUGAAGAACCUUUUUUUAAAGAACCUAAAUUUUAAAUGCCUGACAGGGUUUAGCUAUUAAAAAGAUAAUAAUUAGCAGGGUUCCUUAAGGGUUCUUAGCAUCCCUGACAGUGUUUCUCUAUUAGAGAGGAUUAUAAAUAAAACCACUUUAGCUGAGAAAGUGUAACUAUCCACAGAACCUAUGAAGAAAGUGGUUCCACUAGAAAGCAUUUCUAUGAAGGAAACCCAAAUCCUCUCAGAAAUGGUUCCAAGUAGAAACUUUUUAAGAGGAAAUAUCCUUAAUUAUCCAAAGUACCAUUAAAGAACCUUUGAAGAAUGUACCAAGUACUAACUACAUUUUAUUCAUAUUUUACUUCAUUUAAAUGUAUUUUUUAAUGUUUUAAUGCUUUACACUUGCUAGCUUGCUUUCUAACGAGUUAAUUUAUAGGUGUGUGCAGGUUUUUUUUUAUUUUUUUAGCAUAGCCAGCUAGAUGAAGUGCUACUGUGGCUCUUUACUACUUCAUGUAAUGUGCUUAUACACCGUAAGCGUGCGAGUUUAGCGAACCUGUAUUUAUUUGUGUGGGAUUUUAAUUCUUUGGCAUUUAAUUAACUGCAACAAAAAUUAAGAAAUAAAUUGAUGUUUGAUGUGCUGAAACACAUUACUCUCCUACACUUUCCUUGGCUACAUUUGCAUAUUGGAACAUGAUAGGCUGUUAUAUUUUAUGACAUCACAGCACUUGUCUGUCACAUGGUGUUCAGUUUGAAAUAAACAUCUGGAGCUGUAGUCACAAAAAAGUAAAAAAAAGUAAAAAAAUAAAUAAAUAAAAGCGUUUAAAAUCAAUAUGUAAAUUUAUUGUUAAAUAUAUAAUGUAAAUGUG